AUGAGCCCCGUCACAUCCCUCGAAUUGGCCCCCCUGGCCUGUGCUCAUCCUCUUGCCGUAGCAGCACAUCAAGCCGUUAAUGCCCGCGCCGCGGCGACCUUGCGCAUGAACCCGGACACACGCGCACGGCAAUCGCUACCUCAUGUGUCCGGUGUCGCAUCGUCGGACCAGGACGGCUGUGCGCAACUGUCGCCUGCCCAAAAGUCUGUGGUCGGCCGCAAAACGUGA